AUGGCAAAAGCUAAGUUACGUGUUAAAACAGGAUGUUUAGCAUGCAAGCUCAAAAAGAAAAAAUGCGACGAGCGCCAACCAGUUUGUUCACGGUGCUCCAAAUCAGCACGUCAAUGUAUCUGGCCGGAAUUGUUUUCGGACAAACGAUUUAAAGGCGGAAACAAUUUGCACUCAGUCGCCACAGUAGCAUUAAAAUCUUCCACGGUUGUUGCUUCCAAUGUUUCCCAAUCAGACACUCAACUUAUGAGUUUUGUGUUUCCAAACAACCACAUUCUUCCAGGGGUGGUCUUAGAUAACCAUGAGAUUGAACUUUUGAAUCGCUUCACAGUAUCUUUUAUUCCAGCCAUUAGCCCCCCACACGCACAUGAAAAACUUCGACCAUUAUCAACUUUUGUUCCCUAUGUAACUGUGAGACAAGAGUUGAUAGAUCUAUUUUUAGCUUGCGGAGCUAUCGACAAAAGUUGGAAUCAUCAUGACUCGCGGGCACGCGCAUUUGAUUAUUAUAAGCGGUUCCUGAAAAAUUGGCGAAAACAAGCAAGUGGAGAGGGACCUGGCAGGUUCGAUAAUCUUGUGUUUGUCACCGUACAAUUGGUGUUGCUAUUGGAUAAACACAUCGGAACGAACAGUAGAUCUGUGUGUGGACAUGUUUCGAUGGGGUUCAAGGUGUUACAACGGCAAAGUAAAACCAGUUAUCUUGAAGCUACACAUCAACCCAUUCAAAGAGUACUGUUGGAAUCCUUUUUAUACAACUACGUCGUUUCGAUCCUUUUUGCGGCAGAAGAAGAUUUGGAUCUUCUUCCUCCAAUUGGAACCCUUGACCAAUUCAAAUCUGCGUUGGAAAAUCCAAUUUUUAAAGGAGCAUCUGAGGUUUGGGCAAAUAACCCUGUGAUGGGUGCAAGCAUCGAUCUUUUCAGCAAGAUCGAAAAAUUAUCCUGGUUCUUCAGACUUCAGAGCAGAAUACCAGUACACUCCGAAGCACAAAUACUCCUCGAAGAACUAAAAGAGUUUUGUGCGGUACAAUCGGAUGAUUACGGAUUGCAUAUGCAUCAGAAUGUUUCUUACAUGUACUCAAUAGCAGGACGACUGAUACUUUUAAAAAUGCUACAUCCAGAGUUCCCAGACACCGACCCACAAAUCGAGAGCUUGGUAAACGAGGCUCUAGUGUAUUUAGUCAAUACCAAAAUGGGGGCUCAUAAUGGUUGUGUGGGGAGUAUAGUCGCCUGGCCAUUGGCUAUAAUUGGAUUUGCGAGUAGAUCAGAAUUACAAAGGGCAAUUAUUCUUAGGAAGGCAGAGGAGUUAGGUGAGACAUUACACGCAGGAUUCGCUCUCCAGGUGAGUGAGCUAGUUCGAAUAUCAUGGGAAGAAGGGCUCGGCUUGAAUAUACUUUAUGCCACCGAACUUUUGGCAAACUUUGCAUUGUAA